UGAGAAAGAAAGAAAAAGGAAGUACUAAGCGGGUUUUCCGGUGCAAGGACUAAUAAGGAAAAGCUGACGCUUUGCCACGUGUAAAACUCACAUACCGCAAGAUAAUUAUUAGACGGCGGAGAUUAAAGUCUCUCUUUAAUCAAACUGGAAGAGAACUGUAGAGAAUUGGGCAGAGAGUAAUUUUGUUUAUUUUUUCUCGUUAAUUUGAAAGAAGAAGCUGUAAAUUAAUGGGAGUAGAGAGAGAGAGAGAGAGUAAUUGAGGAGAGAGAAGGUGAGUGUGUAGCAGAGUGGUGGGGGGUACAGUGCAGUUACCAUGGCGGCGUUGCAGAGGUCUAAUUCCGUGCCAUAAUUGCUUUAAACAAUGGAAAGAAGAAACCCCAUCUUUUUUUCUACUCUUACCCUAAUAAAAGUUUGUUUUUUAGUUUUUUAUUAGUAUACCUCAAAAGCUGCAAAAACCCAAACAGCAAGAUCAAAUAUUUCAGACUGUGGAGAGAGUCAGAAGAAGAGGAAUAAAAAAUUCACACACUCAACAAACACAACAUUCAAUUCUAAUAAACCACCAAAUUUGGUGGUGACAAUAAGUAAUCCGGGUUUUGCAAUCUGGCUAUGGAUUUUUGGUUUAACUUGAGGUUCUCGGCUGGAGUAGUUUCAUUCGGGUGCAAGAAAUGGCUGGUUGGUUCUAUCUAAGCGGAGGGAGAGACGGACAAACGAGUAAGCAAGAACUAGACAAAGAUCAAGAAACAAACACGAACAGUCUCUACAUAUACAGAUCAUCGAACGAGCAGGAGAUCUACAACAAUAGUAACAACACGAGGGGAUUCGAGAUAUGGCCGCAGUAUUAUCAGCAGCAGCAGCAGCAAAACAUGAACAGCUACCCUUCGUAUGGAGUGGGUCCUAGUAGUGGAAGAAGAAGCUUCUCUGAUGAAUCAUCGAGAUCAGCUGGUUUUACAGUGAUGAGGCCCAGUGGAGGAUUAGGAGGCGGAGGAAUGAAUUGUCAAGACUGUGGGAAUCAAGCUAAAAAAGAUUGUACGCAUUUGCGAUGUAGAACUUGCUGUAAAAGCCGAGGGUUUCAGUGCCAAACGCAUGUUAAGAGCACUUGGGUCCCUGCUGCUAAAAGACGUGAGCGGCAACAGCAGCUAUCUUCUCUGCAACAUCAAGAAUUACAACAACAGAAUCUAAAUCAAAAUCAAGAACAUCAACAGAAUCAAAUUGAGCAUUUUCGAGAUCAGCAGCCGAAAAGGCAGAGAGAGAGUCAUGGUGGUGUUAAUCGAUUAGCUACUUCCACGUCAGGGUUGGAAGUGAGCCAUUUUCCGCCAGAAGUGAAUUCUCCGGCAGUAUUUCGCUGCGUCAGAGUAAGCGCUGUGGAAGAUACAGACGAGCAAUUUGCAUAUCAAACGGCUGUGAAUAUAGGCGGCCAUGUGUUUAGAGGAAUCCUCUAUGAUCAAGGCGUUGAUGGUCGUUAUACAAGUGCAGGUGAAAGCUCAUCAGCAGGAGCACAGCAGCUGAAUCUUAUAACAUCAGCUACAACGACGUCGGCGGCGCCGACAACUGCCGCUAAUACUUCAACACUCCCUGGAGCUUUGCUCGACCCGUCUUUAUAUUCGUCAGCUCCACUUAAUGCAUUUUUUGCUGGUACGCAUUUCUUCCCACCGCCACCAAGAUCUUAGGUCGUCGGUGUUGUAGUGCAUUUGCAUUGUUGUUAUCAUUGAAAUUCUUAACAGGAAAGAAAAACCUUCAAUGUCAACAAUUAGUAGUCUAAAAUUGUUGACAUUUUGGUUAUGAUUGUUAAUUACGGUUCUUGUUCAAGUAUGAACUUGCACCACCCAAUGAAGUAGAAGAGAGCAUAGGAAUUAGAAAAUUGUAGUCAGUACUAAUGCCUGUGGAGUAAUGUGUGGGUGUUGGAUAUUGUUCCGAAUGUCAAUUCAGAUCUUUAUGUUUCUUCUUUUUCCCCUCUAA